GGGCGGAGCGGCUUGUUUAUAAAAGGCGGCGUGAUCAGCAGCACCACACAUCACUUUCCUAUUCUUGAAGCAGCUCAUCGCACCAAGCAAUCAUGAAGAUUCUUGUGGUAGUAGCGGCAGUGGUGGCUGUGGCAGCCGCCAGCCCCAUCGGCUUUGCAAGGAAAGGCGUGGGUCUCAUUGGACGUAGCGGCAUCGUCACCGUCGACGGUCGCAUCAUUCCCUUCACGAAGGAGUUCAUGGACGACAUCGUAGAAAUCGGACCGGCUGGCAUUGUAACCAAGUCCGGCAAAAAUGUUCACCUCACCCUGGACCUGCACCGCCUGAAGCGUGACGUCACCAACGGAUUCACGCGGCCUAAGAUUGGCUCCAUUGGAUAUUCUGGCGCUGUCCUCACUGACGGAACUAUCAUCCAGUUCACGCCGGAGUUCAUCGACGACAUUCUCUACUUCGGCGAGUCCGGUAUUAUCACCAAGUCCGGCAAAAACUUCCAGCUCACAGCUGACCUCAAGCUCGUGUAACACCUCCUUGUGAAGGAUUUUGGUGCGCUGGUGCGCUGGCGGCGAUUGAGUGGGAUCAAAGCCUGCUUCUGUUGAUAUCUUUCACCAUGCACGUAACCUCCUGCGGCAGGAGUCAGCUCAGUUGUUCCUGAAUCUGGUGUUUCUCUGUAUCUAUUAUCUUAUAUACCACUAUCUUGUAUCAUGUUUUCUUUUCAUAAACACAAAAUCAUUAAAACUAUCAACAUAUUAA